UUUCUCUGUGUGUUUAUAUCCGGUCAGAACUCUACUAGAAAUCCUGCUAAUUUAAGCUCCGGCGGCUAGCGGACCUGUAGCCCGACGACAGGCUCCACCAGCUGCCGUAGUGCCGCUGAGCAAACCGCCGAUGACCCCAGUGUGAUGUAAGGCGAUGCGAUCGGCCACCAUGGCCAGUGUCACUCUGAGGUACUUCUGUUAUGGCUGCCUCGUCACCUCGGCAACGUGGUCCAUCCUCCUCUUCCUGUACUUCUCUUUGGGGGCGGAGCCAGGCCGUGGCAGGACCCCCCUGCGUCACCGUGGCCAGCCAAUCACCAAGGGCCUGGCCGACCGAAGGGCGGGGCUUCGGCCUCUGCUGGCCAACGAGGUGGCGGAGCUGUCGCCAGAGAUGGGGAUGAUCUUUAACGAAGCGGACCAGGAGCUGAGGGACAACGGUUACCACCGACACGCCUUCAACGUCCUCAUCUCCACCAGACUGGGAAACCACCGAGAGCUGCCCGACACCAGAGACUCCCAGUGUCGGGAUAAGGUUUACUCUCUGGCUCUACCUUCUGCCAGCGUAGUGAUCUGUUUCUUCAAUGAGGCGUUCUCUGCCCUGCUGAGGACCGUCCACAGUGUGCUCGACCGUACGCCGGACUACCUGCUGCACGAGAUCAUCCUGGUGGAUGACCACAGUGAGCUCGAGGAGCUGAAGGACAACUUGGAUCGGUACGUCAAGGAGGAGCUGAAGGGGAAAAUCAAACUGGUGAGGAACCAGAAGAGAGAAGGACUCAUUCGAGGACGCAUGAUAGGAGCCUCACAUGCUACUGGUGAGGUGCUGGUCUUCCUGGACAGUCACUGCGAGGUGAACCAGGCUUGGCUUCAGCCUCUGCUGGCUCCCGUCCAGAAGGACCGCCGCACCGUUGUCUGCCCCGUCAUCGACAUCAUCUCAGCCGACACGCUGUCUUACUCUCCCUCCCCCAUCGUCAGGGGAGGCUUCAACUGGGGCCUUCAUUUCAAGUGGGACCCCGUCCCCCCCACUGAGCUCAAUGGGCCAGAGGGAGCCACUGGACCAAUCAGGUCUCCCACCAUGGCCGGCGGUCUAUUCGCUAUGAACAGGAAGUAUUUUAAUGAGCUCGGCCAAUACGACGCCGGCAUGGACAUCUGGGGUGGGGAAAACCUGGAGAUCUCCUUCAGGAUCUGGAUGUGUGGAGGUCAGCUGCUCAUCAUCCCCUGCUCCAGAGUCGGUCACAUCUUCAGGAAGAGGCGACCCUAUGGCUCGCCGGGGGGGCAGGACACCAUGGCCCACAAUUCACUGCGGCUAGCGCACGUCUGGAUGGACGAGUACAAGGAGCAGUAUCUGUCCCUGCGUCCGGAGCUCCACGACCGCAGCUACGGUGACAUCGGUGAUCGCGUGGCGCUGAGGAAGCGGCUUCAGUGUCACACGUUUCGCUGGUACCUCGACACCAUCUACCCAGAGAUGCAGACCGCCGCCAACGGCAACAAGCAGCAGCCGCUGUUCGUCAACAAAGGCUUGAGACGCCCCAAAGUCCUUCAGAGAGGACGGCUCCGUAACCUAGCAACCGGGAGUUGUCUGGUGGCCCAGGGCCGAGUCAGUCAGAAGGGGGGCGUCGUUGUCUUGAGACCAUGUGACCCCCGAGACCCUGAACAGGUGAGCACAUGACCAACCAUUUAAUGAAGGAGACAGGUGAGGGAG